UUGUUAUCAAAACCAGAAAGUCAUCCUGACAUGCAAUUUUUUUGUCAAGAUAAAAGCUAUUUAUUUAGAGUUUUUUCUAAAGGAAAUUUAGAAAGUGUGAAUUUAUUAGUAGUUUAGGUCAAAACCAUCGAAAUGGCGACACUUUCCAUGUCUGGAAACGAUUUGGCAGAAGAGAAGAUAAUAAAGAUAGAAAAAAUUGAUGUACCACCCGAAAAAAUAUGUGUACCUACAACCGAAGCUAUUGUGGAAAAAAAAUCGGAAAAGAGUCUUGAAAAAAUUGAAGCAAACAAACCUUCCGAAAAAGUAGCUGAUGAAACUCCAGGCGAUCAAAACAGAAAUCAAGCACACACUAACGAUACACAUUCAGUUAAAGAAAAAACAAGUGAAAUAGAAAAGUCAAAUAUAAAUCUAGUCAACGAAGGUGUGAAGAAGUCCUCUGAUUCCGUACCCUGUUGCCCAGAUCCAGGGGAAAAAGUGAUUAGAAACCAAAGCGACAUAUUCUCUUUGAAGGAUUUUUCCACCACACUGCAAACAUCAAUUUUCUCGGUAAACGGAUCACCAUUAAGAAGAGUAUUUCGCAAGCAACAACCGACCGGUCAUGAUUUCCAAAAAAAUGAAGUCCCUCCAUCUGAAAAAACUUCCCCACCAACAGGAAGCAGAAUAACCAAGGAAAAUUACAACGAUGAGAAUCGACCUUCUAGUUCUUAUAGGAAUCCUCUUACGGGAACUGGCUUAACUUCGAGCGAUGAGUAUAAAAGUAAAAGGAAUAAAAGGAAAGAUGGAAAUCCUUUGCUGGGACUUGGCUAUGAUAAUGUGGCCGCUGAAUCAUCUCAGUGAAAGUUCCAAUGAACUUUACACCAAAUUCCUACAUUUUUGGUCGAUAAAAUUUAAUGGUUAUUGUAAAAUUAAUAAAGAUAAUUUGUGAGAGUAA